CGCUCUUCGUCGCUCGUCGCACUCUCGGUCCAGCUCUACCGACGACACUCGCCACCGCACUGCCCACACCAUGGCCACCCCGUCCAACUACCACCGCGUCGAGACGCCCGCCCACCUCCAGCAGCUCCUCUCUGCCGACCUGCACCGCGUCUCGGUCCUCUACUUCCGCGCAGACUGGGCAGAGCCCUGCAAGACUAUGGACAACGUCACCACCGAACUCGCAACUCGUUGGGACCAGGUCCUGUUCCUCUCGAUCGAGGCAGAGGCCCUCCCCGACAUCUCGGAAUCGUUCGAGGUCGACGCCGUCCCUUACUUCAUCCUCUUGCGGGGACACACGCUCCUGACGCGCCUCUCGGGCGCUCAACCCGCCGUCCUGUCGGCCGCCCUCAAGUCGCACGCCUCCAAGCCCUCGACCCUCGCCUCGUCGUCGCACCAGCCCGUCGCCGCAAAGACGGUCUACCAGCCGGGCGAGCAGGCCUCGGGCGCGCCCGAGGCACGCGGGACCGUCGCAGGUGGUGCGCAGGACGACGACGACGAGGACGACGUCGAUGAGGAGAGCGACGAGGAGCUUCAGAAGCGGUGCGAGGCGCUCAUGACCCAGAGCGACGUCGUCCUCUUCAUGAAGGGCGACCGCAACACGCCUCGAUGCGGCUUCUCGCAAAAGAUCGUCGGUAUCCUCGAGGGCCACAAGGUCGACUACACGACGUUCGACAUCCUCAACGACGAGGGCGUCCGGCAGAAGCUCAAGGAGAUCAACGAGUGGCCGACGUUCCCGCAGCUCGUCAUCAAGGGCGAGUUCGUCGGCGGCCUCGACGUCGUCAAGGAGAUGGAGGAGGCGGGAGAGCUCCUCGAGAUGAUCCAGGGCUGAACGAGCGCCGGGCGCUCGAAGAGGACCAGGGAGGACGUGUAUCUUGUGCCGCAAUGCAGUCUGCUGUGCCUAGA